GCACAACAAUAGAUCAACAAUCAUAUCUCCGGUUUUCGUGCACGGAGAGUACUAUACCGUUUUUGGAACUCUGCUUUAUACGUUGAUUUUGUCAGUACAUAGAUUUUGUUCAACAAUCAUUGCUUAUUUACAUCUUGUGUGGCUUCGUAUUAACGUUCAUGCAGGUUAUAUAUGCAUGUGCUUGACUAAUCCAAUAGAACAGACAAUCAGAAGUCAACAUCAAUUUCAACAUCAACAACAAAUUUUAAUUCAACUUUAUCUCUUCGAAUAAUUUUCGACAGUCGCCACUAUGUAUUCAGCCGACGUUCUGAUAUUCAGUUUGGUGGCAUGGAUAUCUUUUCCCUCGAUAGACACCAAUGACAAGCUCGGUAGAUUGGAAUUAAACGUCGACCUUAAACCAUGCACUGAAGAAAAUUACGGUCGACGUGAGUUGGUUAAGGACAAGAAUGGCAAGGAAAAUUAUUUCAUUUGUUCCAAGUACAAUCAUGGUGAUUAUGCAUGGAAAAAGAAACUGAUGGAUGUUGAAAAUGAUAAUGAGAAUGAUAUUAUGGAUGACAUCAUGUUGAAGCGUGAAGAGGCCGCUGAUUUCUUUGAACGUGAUCGUCGUGGUUUGUCACAUGAAUGUUAUGCUGAGUGUUGUUCCUGGGAGGAAGUUCGUGAACAUUACGAUCACGACAUGAGAGCUGCAAAAUUGUAUUGGGAAAGAUACCUCUAUUGGAAGAGAUAUGUUAACACCCGUUGUAGACGCAAAGGUAGUUGGUCGUGGUGAACCAAAAAGGAAUGGAAGAAAACGUAAGAAGAAAUGGAAAUAAUUGAUGGAAAAGUAAUAAAAUUAUGUGAACAAUAUAUAGUAUCAUCAGGUUAACCUAUAUAUAAUCAAUAAUAACCCUUAUAGCUUAUGCUUAAUUUAGCUACCCAUACACAUGGCG